AUGGUUAAUAAAUACAAGGUUGACAUGGUGGCUAUUUCAGAACCUAUGGUGAAUAAGAACAAAGUAGAGGGUUAUAAAAGAUACUUGGGAUUCAACCAUUGUAUCACCAAUCCUAAUGGUAAAAUAUGGUGUUUUUGGAGGGAUAAUGGCAUUGUCACCACCAUUAAGAAUCAUGACCAGUUGAUCACUAUGAAAAUUCAAGAAAAUACUUCUAGUCUAGACUUCUAUGUCACUGCUGUCUAUGCUAAAUGCAAAGCAGCAGAAAGAUUGGAAUUAUGGAGCAGUCUAGAGGACUUGAAUAACUAUAUCACAAGCCCAUGGUGCAUUGGGGGAGAUUUUAAUAUCAUCCUCUAUCCAGAGGAAAAGCUUGGGGGCAGACCUCAUAGAAACUCUAAGAGCUUUGCUUUUACUGAGUGCAUGGACUCUUGUGGCAUGGCUAAUUUGGGGUAUAUAGGUUCCAAAUAUACCUGGUGUAAUAAUAGGAGGCCAUGCAAGAGAAUUUGGAAAAGACUUGAUAGGAUUUUUAUCAAUGAUCUUUGGGCACAGAAAUACAAUUGUAACAGUGCUGACUUUAAAACUAUUGUUGCUGAGGAAUGGAAUUGCUUUAUUGAGGGCAACCCUAUGUGGAGACUUCAACAGAAGCUGAAAAAUCUUGGUAGGAGAUUGUCUAAAUGGUCUAGAGAAGAAAUAGGUGAUGUGCAUGAAAACACUGAUGAUUGGGAGGCCAAAAUGCAGUUUUUAGAGGAGAUGGACUUGGCUGCAAGGUCUGAAAAUAGUAGAGAGGAUCUUAAUAGAGGUCAUGCUGAAUAUGUUUGCUGGCUUAAUAAACAAGACAACAUGUUGAAACAAAAGUCUCAUAUUAGAUGGUUUGAAGAUGGGGAUAGCAACACCAAGUACUUUCAUGCUGCCAUUAGAGAAAGAAGAAGAAAAUUGAAUAUUCAAAGAAUCAUGAAUAAGAAAGGAAACUGGAUUUCUGGAGAAGACAGAAUUGCUAGAAAUGCUGUUAACCACUUUGAGAAGAUUUUUAAUUUAAAGAAGGCCAUUGUAGACCCUCAAAUUUUGAAUUGCAUCCCGGAGUGUAUCAGUGAUGAAGAUAACAGUUUUUUGAUUAAAUGUCCUGAAGAAGAUGAAAUUAAGGAGACUGUUUUUAACAUGAGCACUGACAGUGCUGCUGGGCCUGAUGGAUAUACUGGAAAAUUCAACCAUUGCUGUUGGGAUAUAAUCAAGAGGGAAGUGGUAGAAUUUUUUCAGUUUUUCUUCAUGAAAGGAAAAAUGACCAAAUUCUUUUCACAUACCCUUCUUGUGCUAAUCCCUAAAGUAGAAAGCCCUAGUAAUUUUACAGAGUUCAGACCUAUAAGUCUCAGUAAUUUCUCGAGCAAGAUUAUCACCAAGCUCAUUUCCAGGAGAUUGAAUCCUUUACUGCCCCUUAUGAUCUCUGAAAAUCAAAGUGGCUUCUUGAAAGGAAGACUGAUAACAGAAAAUGUCCAGUUAACUCAAGAGAUUGUGCAAAAUAUCAAGUGUAAGAACAAAGGGGGUAAUGUGGUGAUCAAGCUGGAUAUGGCAAAAGCUUAUGACGGAAUGUCUUGGUCCUUCAUCAAAGCAGUGCUCAAUAAUCAAUGUCUUGGUCCUUCUCGGAUGUUGUUACCAAUAUGA